GGGUUAGGCAUUUGUCUUCAAAGCAGCCUCCACCUUCUUCUCCCAACUUCAUAUCUUCCAUAACAUCUGAAAGGAACACAGCACUGGAAUGGAAUCUGAGCAGCAACUAUAGAACUGUUACUGGUGCUGCAUUUUAUUUUCCUUACAUCAGCCGACAACCUGCAAGUUUCUCCUCAUCGCCAAAGGAAUCUUCCUUGGGUUUAGAUCACAACCCCUCCAAUCCAGCAGGUACUCAAGGGUACUUAGUACCAGCACCUCUUUUUGCUGUUGUUAAAAAGUGUGGCACUUACUGUGACAACUUUCUGUUUUUUGUAAUGACUAGUCAGGAUUUACCUUUCCAAUAUGAUGUUGGAAGAAGAAGCACUUACACGGGGCGUGGCCAAGAUGUGCAAGUUGAUAACAUCAAAGCAUAUGUUUGCCAACCUCCUUCCAACACGGACAAAGCUGUGAUUGUGAUUCACGACAUAUAUGGAUGGCAAUUCCCAGAUACCAGAUACAUUGCUGAUAUGGUCGCAGCUAAAGGAUACAUAACCAUAUGCCCAGAUUUCUUCCUGGGAAAAGAACCAUGGAAAACUACUGAUCGUUGGCAGAAUUUUGCGGACUGGUUAAAGCACCGAGAUCCCACAAAGGUGGACAAGACAGCUGCUAUUUUCAUGAAGUAUCUUAAGGAGCAGUACAACGCAAUGAAAAUCGGUGUCAUUGGAUUUUCUUGGGGUGGAAUGGCUGUACAUCACUUGAUGUUGACAAAUCCUGAUUUUCAAGCUGGGGUAUCCCUCUAUGGAAUCAUCAGAGACUCUGAAAGUAGGUAUAAUUUGCUGAAUCCUACCUUUUUCAUGUUUGGUGGAAAAGAUCACACAAUUUCUUCUGAUCAGGUCACUUUGUUGGAGGGAAAACUGGCAGAAUACUGUAGAGUGCCCUUUAAAGUCAAAGUCUAUCCUGGACAAGAACAUGGCUUUGCACAGUUAAAGCCUGACGACAUGAAGCCUGAAAAUCAGCCUUAUAUAGAGGAGGCAAGAAUGGAUAUGAUUGACUGGCUGAACAGAUACAUUAUGUUUUGAAACUUGAAUAUGUCACAUUAUUUCCUCACACGCCCUCCCACCAAAAAAAUGCAAUUUGUUUCCCCCCUCUAAAAUAUUUCUAGAUUGUGGUGCUAUCUAUCGGAGAAAAGAGAAGAUAUACUUCAGAGAACUUUCAGUAAUAAAUUAUGAAAUAUUUAUAAUGGAAGGUCCUUGAAAUCAUUGUCUGGCACACAAAGAUACAAGCAUUCAGUAUUGGAAGUGUGCAUGCCUUAUAAUGAACUUUAUAUUCUAAGGCUACCUUAAAACUUAUUCUACUUUUUCCCCAUUUUAUGUGUCCCAUUUCCUUCCCACCCCCCGAAAAUAAAAAUGUUCAGGAUCUGUAAAUGCAUUAUAUACUAGCCAUAUUUUGGGCCUUAGGCUAUGUACACACUAGCAGCUUAAAAUGGAAUAAGGUUGUUUCCCAUACACUCACACCGAGUUUCAAAUCACAUUUCUACAUUGCUGUAUACACCAGGAAGGAUGUGUAGAUGUCUUCACCUGAUUCACCUUACCUGAAUCUUCCAACUACAAUAUCUGAGGCAACCAGGACAGUGCACAGUAUUCCAAAUGCAAGUUUCGCCACAGUUUGUAUAAUGGCAUUAUAUGAUACCGGCAGUUUUGUUUUCUGUUCCUUUCCUAACGACCCCUGGCGUGGAAUCUGUUUUUCUUCAGAGCCGCCACUGGGUUGACAUCUUCUAUCCACUUACAACCCCAAGGUCUCAUUCCUGAUCAAUCACUUCCAGUUCAGACCCGAUAAGCAUAUAUGUGAAAUAAAUAGAGGUCUGAUACGCUGUUUCGCAUUCACACCUCAUUCCCUUGCCACCAUUGCAGAUCAUCUGACAGGUCGGCAGACUGAACUGCUUAACUGCUUUGU